ACUGUUUGAAUGUCUUGCUAGCGACCGGUUGGUUGUUGUAUUCCCAAGAAAGGCUCAAAGAUAACAUUAACACUGGUUGUUUAUGUAACUGUAACAUGGGUGUAUCAGAUUUAGAGUUUGAUACAAAUGGACCUGUGGUGGAUCUUUCGGCUAGAGGCAUGCGGAAGCUCGACUCUAGUUUUGUCUGCUCUGAGGACACGCACACUCUCAUACUGGACCAGAACCAAAUUAUGAAACUUGACCACCUGGAAAGGAACCCAAGCCUCCAGCAGCUGUCUGUAGCCAGCAACCGUCUGGUCAGGAUGAUGGGUGUGUCGCAGCUUAAAGAGCUGCAAAUCCUCAAUCUUCCCAAUAACAGCAUUGGCUACAUUGAGGGACUGAGGGAUCUGCCGAACCUCAAAUGGCUCAACCUGUCUGGAAAUGCUAUUAAGGUCAUUGAGCAACUAAAUAACUGUGUCUCACUCCAACAUCUGGAUCUUUCAGAUAACAGCAUAUCUAACAUUGGUGAUCUAAGUAAACUUGUAGCACUAAAGACACUUCUCCUGCACGGAAACAGCAUCACAACACUUCGCACUGUGCCUGCCAAUCUCUCUGCACAUGUGUCCAUCCUGUCUCUGGCCUCAAAUGAGAUAACAGAUCUCAACGAAGUGGCAUACCUGGCCUCUCUCCACGAAUUGGCGCAGUUAUCCAUCAUGAACAACCCCUGUGUCAUGCCAACCCCCUCGCUUCCGCGUUUCGACUAUCGGCCGUAUGUGAUGAGUUGGUGUCUGAACCUGAAAGUCUUGGAUGGCUUUGGAGUGUCUCAAAAAGAAGGACUCAAAGCAGAGUGGCUGUACAGUCAGGGCAAAGGUCGUUCCUAUCGACCAGGCCAGCAUGUGCAGCUGGUUCAGUACCUUUCCACCGUUUGCCUCCGGACCUCGUCGUCGCCUCUGGUGAUGGCGGAAGAUGCAAAACUGGAGAAGAUCCUGACUAAGCAGAGGUUUCACCAAAUGCAGCUGUUGGAGGAGACGCGGGGAGAAUGCCCCAACCCUCCUUGGCCCACUCAGCUGGCUGUAGAAAAGACUGGUCCCUUGCAUACAUCGCCACAAGGGGGAGCUAUAGAAGGGCAGAAAUUGAGCACUCCAUCACCAGCUGCUGUUCUAGUAGACCAGGAGAAAGGGCCAGCAGUGCAGUUCAACACGUGGGUGAGCUGCAACUCCUCCAGCGCAUCACUGCCACACGUUUGCAGCCCCAUCAAGCUGAGAGAGGAGAGCCUCUGUCUGGAGGACGUGCAGACGGAUGAGGACAAACUGAACAGCAGCAUGCUCUCCUCCGAGUCCUCCUUCCUGCCCUUCGCGCCUGACCUGGAACCACAGCUGUCUCACACGGACAGCGAGGACGAGACGGAGACAUUCGAAGCCGACUCCCUGGCCCCCAUGCUUCCCCGGGCAGCCCCACCAGAGCAGAAAAACAAGGGUAUGCUGGAGUGUGCAGCCAUUAGCUCGCAGGCGCCACACCUCGAAGCUCCCAAAGAAGAAGAACGUUUGAAAUUCAUGACAAAACAGUCAACCUGUGAGGAAGUAAAAAGAGCAGCUGUUAAAAUCCAGUCAUGGUGGAGGGGGCAGUACACACGAUGUUGUCACCCCGUGGCCAGAGAGGUCCGAAGUGAGAUACGCCUACGCAGGAUGCAAGACCACAUCAUCUUCUUGACGGAAAAACUGGACAGGGUGCAGAAACAGUGCGAGGAGGAGCGGUUACAAAGGCUGGUACAGGAGGAUGCGGUUAGGUUUCUAUGGAAACAGGUGCAGUCCAUGCUGCAGUGGAAGCAGUCUGUAGACAAACAGCUGCUUAGCCUCACUCACAUCUCUGGUGGUCCGUGCCAGGCGGCACCCCCCCUGGUGGCCUGCAGCACCGCCAACCAAGCGGCCACAGACAUGUCUUUCCCAGACUCAGGCUUCCAGACGACAAGAGAAGAGCAGGCGCUGCGGGAGGACAGCUUCCUGAGCAGUGGGACGGGAGAGUCCGUGAUGACGGUGCGAGCGCCUAGCCCGAGCGGCGGUGGCGGCGCCGACAGUACGGACUGCAGCCUCCUGGAGCAGUACGCCUCCUCCUUGCAGCAGAGGGAAGAAGAGGACGAAGCAGAGGAGGUGGUUAGCGAUCAUUCGGUGACACCACGGCGGUCCUCGCCUGUCUCUCCUGGAAAAUCAGCCCUGCAAACAAGAGACGAGGUGCAAGAGGACUGCAGUCACAGAAACUGAGAAACUUCAGCUGAAAUGAAAAGAAUGUAAAUUAUGACAGAAUAUCUACUGAACACGGCACUUGUAUUUAUUGCUCAGCUUACAUGCCUUUUUUUUUAAUUUACAGUAUCUUCUGCACUUGUGAAAGACAAAACGAUACAACAUUUAUAACGUAGCUUUGUUUAACAGAUGUUAUUCAAGUUUUGUUCAGCGAGUCUGCAUCUACUGUUACAUUUAUUUCUUCUACCUCUUGAUGAUUGUACAUUCACCUGUGCUCUUUCCUGACGCGUCAUUAAACUGCAA